ACAUAAAACAUAUCUCUGAGAAAAUGUAUCUUUAAAGCGUGAGUAAUAUUUGAUGAUAUGUAACUGAAGCGAAACUAUAGAAACUGGAUUUUUUAACUACCAGUUGUUUUAUUUCCAGAAAACGAAUGCUAGUUUUGUUGUCUUGUGGAGCUGCCAUUUGCAGAGCUACUUUCGACUCUUUUUCUCUUAGACGACACCCUAUGCCAGACAAUUUUCUGCGGAAACUACAUGUGUAAUAAAUGUUUGGCAGCCUUAUUCUUAUACGGAGUUGCAUGUUUUACCUUGAUAAUGAGCAGCACGGCUAUGUUCUCUCUCGUAGCUGUUGAUGUAUAGUUACAUAAUUCCUUUAUUCUAUGUGAGGAAGUCGUUGCUAUGUCUACCGAUGAGGAAAUGAGUGAAAUUACUAGAAAUACCUCUUCCGUUCCACCGAAUCCAGAAAACGAAGGGAACAGAAAUGUAGCUGAAGAUUCGCAAAGGAUUUUAAAAUUCAAUUACAAAGAGGAUCAAUGGAGUCCUUUAAAUCCCCACGGAAAGAAGCAAUACGAUAAAGAUUUCCUUCUACAAUUGCGGUUUGUGCACUUGUCGUUACAGAAGCCCAGUAACUUGCCGAUGUUAACGAUCAUAAGAGACAAGCCACAUAAGUCUGUUAAGCUAAAUCAUUGGAAUUAUUACCGAAAUUGGGAUUCGCGAAUAUUGGAAGAUAAGGAAAAUAAAACGAAGAAAAAGAAAGAUGUGAAUAAAAAGACAGUAGAAGAGAAGAACAAUGAGAAAAGAAUUAAGAAUUCUUCUCCGGUUAAAGGAAUGCUCAACCAUUUGCACCAACAGCAUUGUGUAGUACCUCCACGAACAUUUACGCCCAUCUGCUCAUUAUCCAAAGAAAGAGUUCCAUCCACUGAAUCAGUUCUUGGAAGUGAGGUUUUAACCACCGUUUCCCUUCCUGAAGAAACUUCUAUUGUGUCCACUGUCCCGUCUACUAAUGAUGAAAAAGCAUGUCUGGUUUUAUUAAGUACCGGAAAUGAAGAUCAGUGGAGCCCCCAAAGUUUGGAUAUAAAGAAUCAGUAUGAUAGAGGAUUUUUGCUACAGCAUGAAUUGGACUAUAUGUCCUCAAGUAAACCUGAAGAGGUACUAGAUGCGGAUAUAAUUAAACACAAGGCAGAAUUUGGGAUGUCACCAACUCAAGCUCGUAUGACCACCUCAAAUAUACCCUGGAAAUUCCGUGAGGCUGAAUACCUUUGUGAAAAGUGUAAAAUAGGACAAAAAAGUCAGUGUAGAAAUGGAACUAAUGCUGAGUCUACAGAGCAACAUUGGCAGUUAAUGCCACCUUCUUCGUUCCUAGAGCCUUCUAUUCAACAUCAAAAAAGGCAGUCAGAGUUUGAAUAUGAUAACAGGGAUUUUUCAGAUCUUAAUUUGAAAGAGGACUCUUUUAUCACUGACCCACUAAAAAAUAAAAAGACAGAUCUGAAAAUUUCUUCGUAUGUACAAUCGCAUUUUGGACGUACGGAGCACUUUUGUUCCCCAGCUUCAUUGCCUCAAGUUGGACAAAUACCUCCUAGUGUUGAGAAUCACAUUCAGCAAUGUACUUCAGUUCCAGCGCAUCAAAACGCAUCAGAUGAGGAGACUUUAACAAACGGAACUGUAAGUUCUUUUCUGUCCCUAAUUACAGAGACAAACAGUUAUUUAAAAAAGCUGGAUGAUUCAAUCACCGAAGAGGACAGUGAUAAACAAUUUUUAUUAAGUUUAUUAGCGGAUUUAAAGGCAAUGACACCAAAAAAAAAACUGCAGACGAAAAUAAAAUUUUUGCAAAUUUUAGCGGACCCGGAGUCAUAAAAAUUUCUUCUGUGUACAAAACUUUUAUUCUUUUGACAAGCAAUGUAAAAUAAAAAAAACC